UGUACUGAGGCUGGAGUAGCCACCAUUUUGCAUGUCUAGUGUGUUCCUCCCUCCAUCGCUAAUAGAGACGAGUCCAGUCCUUUUCUGGCGUCAUUACGGCUAAACAUGCCAGCUCCGAUCAGACUGCGGGAGCUGAUCCGAACCAUCCGGACAGCACGGACCCAGGCAGAGGAGCGCGAGAUGAUCCAGAAGGAGUGUGCUGCUAUUCGCUCUUCUUUUAGAGAGGAAGACAAUACGUAUCGUUGCAGAAAUGUGGCAAAGCUGCUGUAUAUGCAUAUGUUGGGCUACCCAGCACACUUUGGACAGCUGGAGUGUCUGAAGUUAAUUGCGUCUCAGAAGUUCACAGACAAACGAAUAGGCUAUUUGGGAGCUAUGCUGCUGUUAGAUGAAAGACAAGAUGUUCAUUUACUAAUGACAAACUGCAUUAAGAAUGAUUUAAAUCACAGCACACAAUAUGUUCAGGGCCUGGCUUUGUGCACUUUAGGGUGUAUGGGUUCAUCGGAAAUGUGUCGUGACCUUGCAGGGGAAGUAGAAAAGCUCCUCAAAACAUCCAACUCAUAUUUGAGGAAAAAAGCAGCAUUGUGUGCAGUUCAUGUGAUCAGGAAGGUUCCAGAACUCAUGGAAAUGUUCCUUCCAGCUACAAAAAACUUGCUGAGUGAAAAGAACCACGGUGUUCUCCACACGUCAGUCGUUCUCCUCACUGAGAUGUGUGAAAGAAGUCCUGACAUGCUGGCCCAUUUCAGAAAGAAUGAGAAGCUGGUUCCACAGUUGGUGAGAAUCCUGAAGAACCUAAUAAUGUCUGGAUACUCUCCAGAGCAUGACGUGUCAGGCAUAAGUGACCCCUUCCUGCAGGUGCGGAUAUUGAGACUACUGCGAAUUUUAGGCAAAGGUGACGACGACUCAAGUGAAGCGAUGAAUGACAUUCUUGCACAGGUGGCAACAAACACAGAGACAAGUAAAAAUGUAGGCAAUGCAAUCCUCUAUGAGACUGUCCUGACUAUAAUGGAUAUCAAAUCAGAAAGUGGGCUGAGGGUUUUGGCCAUUAACAUUCUAGGACGCUUCCUUCUUAACAAUGACAAGAACAUAAGAUAUGUUGCGUUAACAUCUCUACUAAAGACUGUACAAACAGACCACAAUGCAGUGCAGAGGCAUCGGAGCACCAUUGUGGAUUGUUUGAAAGACCUGGAUGUGUCCAUCAAGAGACGUGCAAUGGAACUGAGCUUUGCCCUUGUGAAUGGAAACAAUAUCAGAGGCAUGAUGAAAGAGCUGCUCUAUUUCCUGGAUUCCUGUGACCCUGAAUUCAAAGCAGACUGUGCAUCAGGAGUUUUCCUCGCUGCUGAGAAAUAUGCUCCUUCAAAGAGAUGGCACAUAGACACCAUCAUGAGAGUGCUGACAACAGCCGGAAGCUAUGUCCGCGACGACUCCGUGCCCAACCUCAUCCAGCUUAUCACCAACAGUGUUGAAAUGCAUGCUUACACUGUGCAGAGACUGUACAAAGCCCUGCUGGAUGACAUCUCGCAGCAACCUCUUGUGCAGGUAGCAUCGUGGUGCAUAGGAGAGUAUGGGGACCUGCUCAUUUCAGGGCAGUGCGAGGAAGAGGAGCCCAUACAGGUGACUGAGGAUGAAGUUCUUGAUGUGUUGGAAGGUCUUCUCGUUUCCAACUUGUCCUCACCUGUGACCCGAGGUUAUUCCCUCACAGCUAUAAUGAAGCUUUCCACUCGCUUCAGCAGUGUAAAUCGAAUCAAGAAAGUAGUUUCGAUAUACGGCAGUAGUAUCGACGUUGAACUUCAGCAGAGAGCUGUGGAGUACAAUGCACUUUUUAAGAAAUACGACCACAUGAGGCCAGCUCUUCUUGAGCGGAUGCCCAUCAUGGAGAAGACUGCUUCCAACGGCCCCACAGAAAUUGUACAGACAAAUGGGGAGGCGGAGCCUUCUGUUGUGGAACCAAAACAUCUACCGCCUGUCGGCCAACCAGCCAGUCAGGGUAAUGAUUUGUUAGACUUGCUGGGUGGUAACGAUGUGCCAGUAAUCCCAACCACCAUGCCCACCAAGCCUGCUUCAGCUGGAGGAGAACUUCUUGAUCUUCUGGGUGAUCUAUCAUUAGGUGGUCCAGCUCCUGCUCCCCCAGCUCCUGCUUCCCAGCCCCCUUUCCUUUUGGAUGGGCUCUCUUCACAACCCUUGUUCAAUGACAUUGCAGCUGCAGGUAUCCCUCCAAUGACGGCAUACAACAAAAAUGGCCUGAAAAUAGAUUUUACAUUUGAAAGAGCAAAUCCCAACCCAAAUGUUGCAGUCAUCACCAUCCAUGCAUCCAACUCAACCGAGGCAGAUAUGACUGACUUUGUUUUUCAGGCUGCAGUACCAAAGACAUUCCAGCUGCAGCUCCUCUCACCCAGUAGUAAUGUUGUCCCAGCGCUCAACCAGGGAACAGUCACACAGGUCAUCAGAGUUCUCAACCAACAGAAGCAACAGCUCCGAAUGAGGAUCAAGCUGACGUACAUCCACAAAGGCUCGGCUGUGCAGGACCUGGCAGAGGUUAACAACUUCCCUCCCCAGUCAUGGCAAUGAUGACCCGCCUCUGUUGCUUCUUUCAAACCCCUCCAAGGGAACUCUGAAAAUGAUUUUUCUCUCACCUCCCAAUUUUCUUCCAACGGAUCCCCCUGUGAUGUCACUGCAGACCACAGCCCCGGAGUUGCAUGGGAAGCAGCAGCGCAAUGAAUGCAGGAGAAAAAUACAGAUGUUACAAUGACCUUAUUGUCACUAAAGGAGUAAUUGGGGAAAAAGCAUAUCGAUUAAUGAACUUUCACUUUGUCCUUUCAUGUAGAUUUCCAUAUUCUCCUCUCUUAGUAAGCUUUACUAUUUUUCGCACAUCCUCUGCUACACCAUCACCACCUGCAGAAGCACACGACCACCGUUCAGUGUGGCGCAUUUGACCUCGAGUAACUGCUGAGAGGGAAGUGCUGCCCAAUACAAGCAGUGCAGUUUCUAGAGGUUUUCUGUUGCAGUGCUGUGGAGGCUCUUUGCUCCCUUGACAUUUAUGAUUGGCCCUAUAUUCAGAUUUUUGCAGAAACUCGGAUGGCAGCAGGAAAAGCUCUGACAGAUCUUUAAGUCACAAACAUGUUUCUCCUCUUCCUUCAUGUAACUUUGUAGGAGUUGUGUUCAUUUUGAUUGCAUUUACCUGCUUAAAGCCUGUUGGAGCAGUACUAUCUUAUGAACUGUCACUGGCUCUGCUUGUAGCUGUCCUCAUUCCAUUUUUCUGUAGGAAGCUGCCUGCAUUGGUUUUGUUACAACUGUUCAAAAAAAGCAGGAAUUGAUUACAAAAAUGCUCACUUUGAUCAUCUGUGGCUACUUCAAAAGAUUCAAAUUUUCAUUUUUCAUUUGUAGGAACAGUUUUAGAGGUGUAAAAUAAAUCCAAGAGUAAAUUAAUCGUUUAGGAUGUUCAUUUACAAGGAUUAAAAGUAUCUGCUCAAACACAUUGAUUGCAUUUAUUAGAGAUCUGAGUUCUAUCUUUUCCUGCAUUUGUGUCAUUCGUCUAGUUGAUAGUUUACUUAGAAGCCAGAAAUUUUAUUUAACCUGAGUAAACUUGGUCACCAUACACCUUUGACAUGUAAACUAAGGUUAUGAAUGUAGUUACAUGCACUGAAACCGUAUCAUCUUUUACCGCUUAUUUCUACUUUCCAUGUCUUCUUUGAUGGGUCUCUCAUCUUAUCAGCACUAUUUUUGUGAAAAUGGUUUUUAUUUCUGCAGUAAUUGACUUAAUUUAUGCCUGGUAUCAAAGUGAUGUGCCUUUCUGACUUGGCAAGAUAAAAGCCUGGAACUUUUGUGUUCUGUUUGAGCUUUUUGUGUGAUGAACGUGUUCUCAGUCUGAGGGAAAGCGGGUUUCUUAGAUUUGAAUUGAUAUCAUGAUUUUUCUUUUUUUUGGGGAAUUUCUGUGUGUAUGACUUAAUUAAUCUACCACUAAUAUGUUGCAGAUGCAUAAAUUAUAGGUACACAAAUUUGAUUUUUUUUGUUUGCAGUGUGGCAGAUAGUUCUGUUUAAAAAAAAAGUUAGAAGAUGAUGGCAAACCCUAAAAUCAAAGCAAUUUUUAAAAGAUGUUUGCAAACUAAUGGAUGCAACUCAGAAACGUAAGGUUUACGCGUUUUUUUUCAAAAGAGAAAUAUUUAAAAAUCUUCUUCUCUUUUCACCAAGUGAUAAAUAAAGAAUUUGUGAAAGAGCAAACAGAUCCCCUGAAGACGUACUGAAAUGGAUUUUGCGUCGGCUGUGUGACGAUUUGAGCAUAAUUUCACAACUCUCAUCUCCUCCAAAUCAGAAUUGUGAACCUGCUGUCUGGAACGAAGACCCCGAUACCUCACAUUGUUUUUUUUCUAUCUAGAUUGACAACUCUGUUAUUGACUUGCAAUCAAAUGGAGGCUGUGCAUGACAGCAACAGCAUCUUCUUUGCUUCUCCUCUCACGGCCUUGCAAUGCCGCGCAGAGACCCUCAAAUGUUCAAUCAGGCUGUUUGAUUACUUUUACUAUCGUCUAACUUAAGUGACCAAAUCGGAAAGAUUAUUAGCCUUGGAAAUAUUUUUGAGCAAUGUGUAUAUGGAGAAAAUAAUUUCAUUUAAACUUUUUUGUUUGUUGUUGAUAAAUGCUAUAUUGGCUUUUUUUUUUUCUUUCUCUGUACAUAUUGAGGGCUUUUACAAUUUUUGUCUAUUGUACUAUCUUUCAUCCUUUUUUAGAUACCAUUUUCUAAAAAAAACAAUAAUUAUUCACAAUGUAUAUUGUCUAAAUAGAUUUAGUCGGCAUCAGUCUAUUCCCUGUAUCAUCACUCAUUGUAAGAGAUAUACGAUCUGCUGCCUGUACAUUGUAUAUAGUUGUAAAACAAACAACUGCUGAUCAGAUUAAAUAAAAACCACAUUAAAGAUUAGUUAGAAAGUAUAACUGUAUGCAUAUAUUUAAAAAAAACAAUCUUAGAAGGAUGCAAAUGAGCCGCAUUUUAUUUACUGUUUGUCAUCCUUGCUUACAAAGAUCGACAAAGCAGGUGUGGAGUUGAGGUUGUGUGUCUGAUGACUCGUACCACUGAGAAGCUCAUUGGCAGAACCGUCACUGCUUCAUUAGCUUCCCAGUACUCAAACGCCUCAUAUGUCCUUCAAGAAGAGAGGCUCUCUUGCCAAUAUGCAUCUCCAUCUGGCCUUGUGUGUAUUCUUGACAUUUUCUUCAACCUGCAAAUGUUUCGAGAGGGGCUGUCUCAUUUUUGUCCCGGUCUGCGAGUUUGCUACCUGUUAUUGGUAACGUUUGUGUCUGCUGCAUAUCACCUUCUGAACAAGCAAGGACACUACAAAACCAAAAGUUUUUUUUUUUUUUAACCUCACUGCUAUGUCUUCUGCUUCCUGUUGUCAGAAAGUAUUUUCAUAGGAAUUUUCUUUGUUUUGCUGCUUUCUUUCUUUUAGAUUUUAACAACAGAAAACAAUAGUUUGCAUGCCACAACUUUAACUACUAAUUUUUUCAGAAUCAAACAUGAAUAGUGAUGUGAAAUUAUUAUUGAAGUGAUCCCUAUUUGCAGUGUAAUCGAACAUAAUUCUGAAUCACAACAGAGUUGAAACAUUCUUUCAGUUUUUUUUUUAAAUACUUUUAUUUUACCAAAAUAAACAAGGAAAAAUGUGUGCUUCAUGCUCAUAACCACAAGGAGGGGCUGUGCAAAUGGAUGAGUGGUUGGAUGAGAAAGAAAGGAAGGUUUCAAGCAUUCUUGAAUGUUUUUUGUGUGGUUUGUAUCGUCUCAAUCACAAUAUAUGUACCCAGUUGAUUACAUACGUUUCUUUCCUGAUGCUGUUUAAACUGUACAAAUGGAAAUGAGCCCAGCAGAAGUGCUUUGGACACUAACAGGAGGAGGAGGAAGAGAUGGAAACGAAGGCCCAUCAGCCUCCAAGGUGUAAACUUGUCUUUUACGGAUCUUUUUUUUUUUUGGCUGCAGUUCCAAAAUUCAGCUCAGCAUGUGGAAAAAAACUGUAAAUAACAUCUUUCUACUUUUGACCUCAACUUUUCUUUUUUUGGAAAUGCAAGUUAUAACUACAGUCACAGCCCUUUCAUAUGUUUAUACUAACCUGUACGAUUAGAAGUUGAUCCAAAAGUCCUCAUCACUGUUGAUGCUUUGAGAGGGCCGUGAAGGCGUACAUCCCACGUUUGGAUUACCGUCCUCGGGACAUUUGCUUCUUUUGUUUGGAUGAAGCCAUUGUGUAAAGGGCUUGGAAGAGCAUCUGUCUCCCUGUUUGUUAAGAAAUAAUUUAAUCCACUGUGUUUUGAAAACCUGAUCGGUGUCCCGCCCCCUCCAACACUUAUCCUGGCUGAAAAGAAAAAGAUAUCCAAAUUAUUUUUGGGGUUGGCAAAGGCAUGAGGUUCACUUUUUUUCUUGUCACCUUUGACAAACCAGUUUUUCGGUUCCAUGGCUUCAAGGAGUGAAUGAAUGUCGGACUGAAAGUAUGAACUUAUUAAAGAUGAGAAGCUGUAAAAUAUUAAAUGGGAUAUUUUCAAUUUAUGCUGUGUAUUCUUGUCUUUGGGUUGGAGAAAAUGAUCAAGCAAAUAAAAAGUCAAAUAAAAGUGGAGUUCAAUGAUA